AUGAAGACCGCCUCUGCGAAGGGGCAGAAACAACAAAAACAAGGUCUGGAAGCUGCAGAAGAUCACUUCAAAGAAGUUUGCGAUAUAUUUCAGCGAGAAGCAGCUAGACUUCGCCAAGAGCAGGAAGCGAUCGAUGCCAUGUCGAAGAAGUUGGAACAUGUUCACUUUUCCUCAACUAUACAUCUAAAUGUCGGGGGUCAUCGCUUCACAACAAGUCUUCAAACGAUUACCAAGGAUCCAAAUUCGAUGCUGGCAGCCAUGUUUUCUGGGAAGUUUGAAAUGAAACCUUGUGAAGACGGCGCUUUCUUCAUCGACCGAGAUGGAACUCACUUCCGGUUUAUACUUAAUUAUCUUCGCAAUGGUAAGUUGACUUUACCGGAAGGAGCAACAUUUCUGAAAGAACUUUCAGAUGAAGCUGAGUUCUACCAGAUCCAAGGAAUUCUGGAUGAGUUGAAGCCUAAAGCACCGAAGAAUUUUGAAGAAUCAGUGAUUCUGACAAAUGAAGAGCACCAAAGCAAGCUUAUUGGUUGGCUGCCUCAAUACAGUCAUUGGCAUCAACUGUUCCGAGCAACUCGAGAUGGCUUCACAGCUCAAGCUUUUCACGCCAAAUGUGAUAGCAAAGGACCCACGGUUACAAUUGUGAAAAGUGGAAACAAUAUUUUUGGAGGCUUCACGGAAAACUCAUGGAACAGUCACGCUGACUACUUACACUGUUCACAGUCAUUCUUGUUUAGCAUAGUGAAUCCGCAAGGAGUGGCACCGUGUAAAAUGCCUCUUGUAAAAAAUCAGCAGUAUGCCAUUAAGUGUAAGAGCAACUAUGGUCCAACAUUUGGAGGAGGGCACGACAUUUAUAUAUCACCUAACUCAAACACAAGUGGCUCAAGUUACAGUAAUCUCGGCAACACGUAUCAGCUUCCCACCGGACAGCAGAACACAUUCUUCACGGGAGCUCCACAUUUCAACGUAACAGACUUCGAAGUCUUUGGAAUCUGCUAAUGACAGCCGUCACAAACAUUUGAGAAGCCAGCAGGUGAAACUCCACAAUGAUUUGAAUGAUCUUCUCGCUCAUAACUUUUUUAAAAGGUUAACUUUUAUUUCCAUUUUCUACAUCGAAAUACAUGUUUUUCUUCAGCCUGCCGCAACUAAAGCGAAGUACAAGAUUCCCGUAGAAAUCCAUAUUAUACCAUCAGACUAUUUCUAUACGGAAAUCUUUUCAAGCAAAGUUCCACACUUCAUUAUACAUACUGUUCUUGGAUCAGAGAAAGCAAUGGAAAAACAGUAGAUUGCCUUUAAUUUGACUUCGGCUUUUUUUUAGAAUAGUAUUGGGUUAUACGGAAAGCUUUCCAGUUGUCUGGCUGACGGAAAAGAAGCCGUCGUAAGCACUGAUACAAAAUAUUUUCAAUACUUUUAUUUUGAGUGGAUUCCGGGAGCCAUUCUACACAAUUCGAAUUCCUAAGAAAAUAAAUGUGUAGAAAUGCCGUAGACGAUUCAGUUAUCAUAAACUUUUUUCAUUUGUGCACUCGUUUCACCGGCGGAAAAGAGCCGGAUCAAACAAAACAAACAUAUAUCAGGA